UCACCCCUCACGCAUCUUAUGAAGAAAUCCUCAAUGAAAUUAAAAGUAAUUUAUCACCAAUAAAUGAUGCUCACCUACGACCAGCGGAUGCAGGCAAGAAUAGUAGCUUGACAAAGCAAACGGAAACAGCAUUGUUUUAUGCUAGCGCUAGCUGCUACCAAAAAGUAACUGUCCGGUUAUGGAAAGACGAGAACUGUCUGUCAACUCGCAGAGGAUCGCCCCUUCGUAUUCGCAAAAAAUAUUCGUGUGGAUUCCCUCCCAGAGCGAUAAUAUGCUGA